AUGGUCCGGAAAUGUAUCAGCUUCUUUGGCGCAGGGAAUAUACCACAUUUGGAUAUUGGCGUUGGUGGCUUAGUGGAAGUCGAUAGCGCUUUCCACAUACAUCUUGUCAGCGCCAGAGAUUUCCAAAAUAGUGUGACUCCACAGACCUGGUCGCUGGCACAUGAUUACGCCGCAGAUCUCAAGGAACGCGGUGUUAAAAUUGCAAUAUUCAGUGCUACUCCCCAGGGCGAGGCCAUCGCAAACACGAGGCAUGCUCUUCUCCGAUUCUCACACUGCCUAGGGACCGAUAUAAGGUGGUAUGUCCCAGACCCAGCUCCUAGGGUUUGCCAUAGUAUUGAAAAAAUGCAAAGGAUACUGCAAGGGAUCUCAUCACCCGAAGAACAUAUCACGACAGACGAGGAGCUACAGCUACUCAACUGGGUGUAUAAAAAUGCCAAACAUCACUGGCUGUGCCACAAUGGCCCUCUUCGUCGGGCGCAGGAAGGGGGUGUGGAUAUUGUUAUUAUUGAUGACCCAUUCCUAUCCGCGUUGGCACUUAUAUCAAAGCAACAUAGCCCCAAAAGACCGGUCGUAUUUCACAGUCGAAUGAAUAUACAUAUUGACCCUGCUGCAUCUGCUGGCGACGCAAGGACCGAAGUUUUCGACUUCAUUUGGCGAACAUUACGGCACGUCGAUAUCUUGGCAUGCCAGGCUCCAAGUAAACUGAAAUCGCGAUUGAUACCUGAAGACAAAGUUUUUUACACGCUGGCCACCGUUGACAAGUUUGAUGGACGUAACAAAGAUAUGAAAAAUUUGGAUCUUGCGUUUUAUGGUCGCCAGUUCAACGCGUCUUAUCUUAAUGCUGGAACAAGUGCCAUCAAUUACCCAGAGGACGAAUAUAUUCUUGUGGAACUCGCGCGCUCACCAUCAUUUCAGCAGGCUGCAACUGUAUUAGACGCUUACAAGGAGCUUUGCAUUCUCAUCAGGACCUCGUCUUUGCAAACCAGUCUCCCCAAACUGCUCUUUUGUGACCGCCAAACACAUGGCUAUGCCGUCGAAGAAUUCUCCGAUUUUGUCGCAUCGCAAAUAGCGCUUAAAAUGAACGAUCUUGGGUCUUUCAUCUCUGUGAAGCAGGUCAAGCCCCCAGAUCAACUUUGGAACACUCUUCUUUCCAAAGCAGCAGCUGUCAUUCUCCUCUCCGAUACGGAGGGCUUCGAGGAGAGAUUUUUAGAGGCUGUCCAAAAAGGAAAACCAGUCAUAAGAACUGAGUCACUUGGACCCUAUCGUUCCCUUGUUGAAAACGACAAAAAUGUCUUUACGGUCUCAAUUGCAGACGCAAAUUCUAUGGCUAGGCAUCUCUUCAAAAUUUGGGUGGAUGGUCAACUACAACAACAGGGAAAGUCUGCCGCACCAAACAAGACGUGGGAUGAAAUUACCACUGUUGGAAACGCCGUUAACUGGCUCUUUCUUGCCUCAAAACUAUCAAAGGGUGAGACGAUUAAGCCGAGUGGUGAAUAUAUUUAUCACUUGGCUCAACAAGACAAAGCAAAGGAGACUGAAAUAUAA